AUGGUUGUGCGUACAGUUUAUAUCGCGAGACAUGGCUACAGGGCGAACUGGAUAAUAGGUGCUGAGGUUCCCCCACCUCCAACCGGUAUAGCUGGCGAUGUUCAGCUGGCUCAGCAUGGUAUCAAGCAAGCCCAUGAAUUGGGCAGAUUUCUUUUAACUUUGGAUGAUCAACCAGAGAUGAUAUUCUCAUCCCCAUUUUACAGGUGUUUGGAAACUUCGACUCCCAUUGCAGAGCUAUUGGAAGUUCCCGUCUACAUUGAAAGGGGGUUUAGUGAAUGGUACAGACCAGACAGGCCCGUGAUCCCUGUGCCCGCUGAUAAUGAACUCCUGUCGAAGUAUUUCCAUGACACAGUAAGACUAGAAUGGCACUCACAGCCUGCCCCUAGUGAGAAAGGUGAAACAGAGGAAGAGCUAUACAAAAGGUGCCAUGACGCUCUUAACAAUUUCAUAAAACAGGUGGAAAAGAAAUUCCCUAGUGUGGAAACAAUUAUGAUUGUUACACAUGGUGCUACAAAGAUUGCAUUAGGUCUAAAUCUGUUACAAAAACCAGACUGCAGGUGCACAAUUGAUGAUACACAUGAAUAUCUGAGAUGUGGAAGUUGCUCUCUAGAUAAGUUUGAACUACCGAGCAAUGCUAAAGAAACCUCGAAUCCAGAAGAAGAUAUUGACGUUUUGGAGGAAACCGAGCCUCUGAAGAGAAAUUGGAUGUGUACAUUGAAUGGUCACACAGAGUUCUUAUCUCGAGGCGAAGAAAUGAAUUGGGGGUUUCAUCUAAACGUAGAGGCUGGGUCAGAUGCUGAUGUCAAAAGCCGUAUAACAACGGAAACUGCCGGUAAGGAAUCCGUCUAUGUCAGUGUUGAUAUACCUAGCGGCAACUACAAAGGUAAGAACGUUCUCGAUAAAAAAGCUACACUUCAGUAUUCUGGUCUAGAAGAACACGAACCUCUAGUUCUCAUAAAUAACAAACUUUACGUGGGUAAGUGGGAAAAGCUGGUAGGUACUGAAUUAGCUUUCCCAUCAACUGCGACAGUGAAUAAAAAAAAUCUUCGAGGUGGAGAAGAUGAUGAGAGUUCGAGUAAGGGCUUGAAUCAUAUAUUAGAUGAAGAUAUAAUUGCUGAUGAAUUCGAUAAUAUUAAGAAAGAAGAAGAUGACAAACUUGCAGAAGAUAGCGACGAUUCCUCCAUUGAGAAACAAAAAAUACCCGAAGAAAGAAAUGAAUUAGAGAAUAAAGUUACCGAGAAAAUUUAUAGAAUUAAAGACAGACUGGUAUUAGAAGAGGUGGAAAUAAUAUAA